AUGAAGAAUGAAGAGGACAAAGCGGGGGACGAAGAAGUGGAAGAGGAGCUUAACGAAAGUGAACAUUGUGGCCCUUCUUUGACGGACUAUGUUCCGCAUAAGAAGCGGAAAGUUUUGGAGUUUGAAAAGACAUAUUUGCGCUACGUUCCUUCGGCCGAAGCGUACGAGAAAUCUUUUAUGCAUCGAGAUGUGAUCACCCAUGUGGCUACUACAAAGUAUUUUUUAAUGUUUAAAUAUCUCUUUUCCAGGACGGACUUCAUUCUAACCGCAAGCUGCGAUGGCCACUUGAAAUUUUGGAAAAAGCUGCAUAACGAAGGAAUAGAAUUUGUCAAACAUUUUCGAUGUCAUUUAGGGACGAUUAUUCAGAUGGAAGUGAAUAGCAACGGCACGCUGAUGUGUACCAUUUCCGAUGAUAAAUCGAUGAAGAUUUUCGACGUGAUAAAUUUCGACAUGAUAAACAUGAUGAAGUUGGGAUACACGCCAUGUAGCUGUGCUUGGAUUCACAAUCCGGCGGAUUCGAUUGCGGCGGUUGCUGUAGCGGAGCAGGGGACGUCAAAAAUACACGUCUAUGACGGUCGUGGAGCGAGCACACCGAUUCGCACUCUAGAAAACCUUCAUAGCAAGGAGGUAAUCGUCAUGCAGUACAAUUCAGUGUUCGAAACAGUGGUUUCCGUUGACAAGAUCGGCAUCGUCGAGUACUGGACAGGUCCAAAGCAUGAUUUCGCAUUUCCCGAGUCUCUCCUUCAGUGGAAAUACAAAACGGACACGGACCUGUACGAAUUUGCAAAAUUGAAAAUGGCUCCGUUGUGUCUGAGUUUCAGUCCUGACGGUAAAACGUUCGUCACAUUUGCUGCAGACAGGAAGCUUCGUUUCUUCAAGUAA